AUGCCUCUCCCCCUCUCUUAUCCCGGCCUUCGAUGUGUUUUGGAGCAUUUGGAAGCAGUAAAGCGAGCCCGUAUCAUUGGCCGUUCUCCAGUACUUCAAAAAGUAGACAAAACAAUUCCAUUUUAUUUGGAUAAUCUCCAUAUUAAAAGGCAUAAACUGACUAUCAACAACUUGUCGAUCGAAUAUGAUAAGGAUGAAGUGAAAUUUAAGAUGAAUGAAAAAACAAUUAGCCGAAAGGGAUUAGAGAGCCGCGAAGACACAAUAAAUAAAUUGGUGCAUUUCUAUAUCUGUAGAAGAUCGAUCACCCGUGUGGACAAGUUGGAUUGGGGUUAUAGUUUGCUCCCAGAUCGUGUCAUGCCUGUCGAUCUGAAAUUGAGUAUAAAUUCUUUGGAUGCAUUCUCCCGUGAAGACUUUGAUACCGUACUUCCUUUCAUAGUCCCUCAUAGUUUUCCUCUGAAAACUGUGGUCGCUAUCCCGGAGACCUCAAUCUUCGACAAUCAAAUUGUUAAGUCAGCGGAAACACUUAUUGUGAAUCUUUGUCCUCUUAUUCUGUAUUUCAUUAAUGUUCAGAUGGCCACUGUUGAAGAUCUUAAGAAACUUAAAAACAAGACUGUGAUAUUCCAAAACUUGUGGGUAAUGAGAAAUGAUAUAAUUUUAUUGAUUAAACAUCAAAUGGAGACUAAAAAAGCUACAGGAACCACUUUUGUGAUUACAACAGAUGACAAAGGUUUUAUCAAAAAGAUGUUACGUGAGUUUGAACAAGCGUUUGGUGAAUCCCGAUGCGAUUUGGAUGAUGUUAAUGAGAGAUUCCUCCCAGGAUCUUCUAGAUUCUCCAUCUCAAUCAACAACGAGUCUAGAAUCCACGUGUAUGCAAUCGAGGAUCCAGAAGAAGAUGGCGCCUAUAAAAUAAUAGUAAAACCAGUGCCAGAAAUCUCUUAA